GAGUACCGGUACAGUACCGCUGAACCCUCCAUUUCGAUUCUCCACACACACACACACCCUCUCUCUCUUUCCGUAUCGCCUGCCCCACCUCCUGCCGUAGGGCAUCGUACUGGCACUAUUGGCCCCUCACCUCCCUGCCCAUCUGGAAAAACAGCCAGUUACCCGGAGCCCCCAAAGUUCACACUUUUACCACUUCUGUCAUUGUCUCGACUUCCCCCCGGGCUCAGCAUCUGCCCGCCUCUCUUCGUGACUGGGAGAUUUUGAGAGGUUGACUUCAUUGUUUGUGUGUACUGAUACUUGUACAUGCUUGCCUUUUCCGGUCUCGGACGUCUUCGGGGGCCCGUGAGUAAGUGAUAGAGACGUAGCCAGCACGGCUGCCUGUUUGCUUGUCUGUUUGCUUGCCUGUUUGUUUGUUUGUUUGCUUGCCUGCUGCUUGCUUGCGUGUCUCUCUCUACCUCUACGAAAGCUGGAACUGACAAACAGGCAGCUCUCCCUUCUCCGCUUGGCUGGCCAUACUACUUUCCCCCCUCCCUCCCCCACUUGAAUCAAUCAAUCAAUCAAUCGUUCCCCCUCCUCAUUCAUCAAACCCUCCCUCCCCUCCAUCCAUCUCUCUCUAUCCCUCACAUCCACCAUCAAUCCACUGCCUUUCUUUCCCACCCUCCUCAAUCUCUGAUCGGGCUCCUGCGGCUUCUCCUGCUGUUGCUGUUGCUGUUGCUCCUGCUUCUGCCCCUUCCGCCCUAUCUUGUCCUCUACAAGUAGUUCUGAUUCGAUAUGCCUGACUCCUCCCCCGACAGUUUCGACGCACCUGCAAUCACAACGGAAGCCCAGUCCUCUCUCCUGCGUAUUUCCCGCCGGCAUUCGCUCCCUGCAUCCACGACUUUUUCAAAUAUCUUCUCGCUCUGGGGCAACGAUAAUGAUCCCGCUGCUCCGCCCGGCCGCGACCACUACGACCAUCAGAACAACGUCAAUCAGCAGCAGCAACAGCAGCCCAAUUCAAACGGGGCUCCACGCAUUGUGAAUGGAAAUGGAAGUGGGGUGGGAGGAAAUAGACACAGGUAUGGACAUCGUCAUACCAGAAGCGCGGUGGUCGACCAGCCCGUCAUUGUCAAAAGCUAUAACCCUGGGCCAGCUUCUUCUAGCAUCGCGUCCCCGAUCCACGAGGUCCGUUCAAUCUUGUUUUCCCCGCCCUUGCUUGAAUGAUCCGGGGAAUGGAAUGUUGAUUCCUUGUGCAGGAGGAUGAUCUGGAGAAGCUCGUGCUUCCAUCCAUAGACUCCUUUUCCUUUGACGGCAUUCUUAAAUCGAUCGAGCCCGAAGGUCGGUAAUUACACUUUUGGUUUCACUUUUUAGUCGGGCUAUUAUCCCUAACACCUUCCUUCCUUCCCCCAAAUGUAUAGUCACGGGCGCACUGAAUGCCGUUUCCCGCCUUUGCUCCGAGUAUCAAUCGUCCUUGCAAACCGAAGUUGACGGGCUUGUCGAGGCCCAGUCGCAUAUCGAUGCGCGAAUGAGGGAGGCCGAUAAGCUAACUGCACAGGCAUUAAAGACUACUAAAAUUCGCACUGAGCGUCUAGAUUCGGAAUCAUCUGGUUUGAAAGGAGGUGAUUAUUUGAUCUCAACGGGAUUCUCACACAGGGUUCUAAUGUUUCCUUUGGGCGUUCAGGAAGUGCUGUGGAUGCGUUAGCGGAAGCCGCAGAGGCUACCCAUACUACAUUAACAUCUAUCGUUACUACUUUACUAGCCAUCGACGAGAUGCUCCCGGCACAAGAGCGCUUGUCGCCCUUAACUUCGGCGCACAAGAAGCACUACCCAAAGCUGCACGGACUUCUUGCGGAGAAGGCUCAUGAACUCAAUGUUCUUUUUGGGCCUGGUAAAUCAGCUGAGACGACCGUCAUGCCCAGACACUCCCGGUCUGAAGUUGGCGAAGCUUCGUCGUCAAGAGGACAUGAAAAUUCGGUAUGGACGCGCAGGCGAAUGUCCUCGAUGCCAACUUCGGAGGUUAUGCUCAACACUAGCGGGCCAGCGUUGACCCACUCGAAUACCUUUUCGCUCCCCCGAGGCGUAGCUUCACCACAUCUUCAACUCCGCACCGUUCUUCCCUCGCCAUCUUCGCCCGCCCCCGACCCGGGAUCUGCGUCCGCGGGCUAUUAUUACCCAAUAUCCCCGAAAGCUGCAACUUCCAUCUCUCUUACAAGCCCCACCGGCCACAAUAUUGCGCCCGUUUCACCCCAGGUCAACAGGAGACAGUCAGGUUUAUGGGGACGGCGCGCUAGUGCCUCGGCAUUGACCCACUUCCCCGAAGACGCGGCAACGGGAAGAACAAACACCCCAACCGCCGAAAGCAGAGGAUGGAGACGUUCGGGAAGUUGGGGUGGACUUUUUGGCGGCGGAGGAAAGCGGAGUUCUUUGUUGUCAAUAGAUAACGGUAACGAGCCCGACGGCGCACAAGAAAGGCUUAGAAGAGUGCUGGAAGCUGGUGCCGAUAGCCGAAGAGGAAAGGGCAAAGCUGUCGUGCCAUAAAAUAUUGAUCGAUCUUCAUCUCACGUUUCUUGCUCAAAAGAAAACCGGCGAGUGGGUGCUUGCGCCGUCUAGCGCCAUCCAGAUAUACGAACGCUACGAUUUUACGAAGAGGGUUAUUUGAAUUUUAUUCUUGUGCGUCUGCUUUGUCUUUUCGCUCUCUAUAUUCCCUUGCAUCACUUAUCAGUUGUUUAUAUGCCUAAUACCACUAUCUUUCAUUUUCCCCGGUCUUGUCGGCAUUGAAACUAGGGAGGCCUAACAUUAUUGGAGUCGGAGUUGGAGCUGGAUCUGGGAGAUGUUGUUUUCUUUGCUUCUGACACCACCUGGCUCUUUGUUUUUGCUUGUUUCCCCAAGCCUGUGAGUGGGUCUGGGGUCGCAAUUGGCGUAUUUUGGGUCGGCGGAGGGACUGGGCACUGCUAUUGCUGCUCGAACGUGCUUAACAAGUUUGUGGCGUGUGCGAACUGUGUGGCAUGACUUGUGGAACACAUCAUUUGAUCAUGGAGGAUCACUUGGGGGAUGAACAUUGGGAGAUUUCGAAGUCUUUCUCCCAUUCAGCACAGAAUAUUUCAUGCAUCGCGCUCCAAGUCUGGAAGUAUACCAUCUAGGCUACCAACACCACGAUUGGGCAAUGCAUAUGCAUUGCUCACGACUAUCACUCUUAUGAGAGCUAGGAAAAAAUUACGGGCAGAAUAUGCCGUUAUUUUC